AUGGAUUCUAACCCUGAUGCUUAUUCUUUACAACCUGAAAAUGUGAUCGCUGUUCCGCCAUGGACAGGGGAUCCUAAUGAUACUUAUCUAGUUGAUAUCAUUCCAUUUCUUGAAGGCAUUGGUUUAUUGUUAUCUGACGUUCAGGAUAUUCGUCCAGUGGUAAAAGAAUUUAAAGGAAAAAACGUUCCAGAAUUUUAUCUGGAAUGGGAAGAACAAUGGAAAAAGAAGCAUCAAAUGGAAUGGGAAAAAGCUAAACCAAAAAAAGAAGGUUUAGCGAGAUUUGUAUCUUUGAUUGGUGGUAGUCAACAGGAACAAAUUAUGCCACAAUAUCAACAAGCCUUACUUCAUCGCCAGAUGGUUCAUAAUGAGUUAAUAGAACAUUAUAAGUCUGUGAAAGAUAAAGGACCUGAAUUACAGCGUGCGAUAGAUGAUUACGAGAAAAAGUUCCAGGAAAGCAUGAAAAAGCAAAAAAUUACGCAUUGGGAUUUACUAACUAAGCUUGAUUAUUUGACUAAUUUUAAAUUGUCAAUUCAGGGACCACCACAAAUUCCAUUCCCACAACCUGAUCAACAACCUCCUCAAUCACAAUAA